AUGAUUUUCCUGUGGGCGCUUCUAGUUUGUACGGCCGCGGCGUUGAGGGCGGAGGAUUUGGUGGGGACGUGGACAACCAAAUCGAAGCAAGUCUUUACUGGUCCGGGCUUCUACGAUCCGAUUAACGACAAAUUUCUCGAGCCCAAUUUGACCGGUAUUUCCUACUCUUUUGACGGCAAAGGCCACUAUGAACAGGCUUUCUACCGCGCCAUCGCGAAUCCCACCGACCCAUCCUGUCCCUCCGGCAUCAUGCAAUUCCAACAUGGAAGCUAUUCCGUUUCAGCCAAUGGUUCCAUGAUACUCCAUCCAAUUGCCAGCGAUGGCCGACAGUUACUCUCCGAGCCCUGCAAGAAAAACACCGCGAGCUAUACUCGAUACAACAACACCGAAUUAAUCAAGUCCUUCUCCGUCUCUCUCGAUGCGUAUCAUAAAGUGCCUCGACUCGACCUGACCCAGUCUACUGGCAAUAUCAUGCAUCCUAUGUUCCUAGCAUAUCGACCCCCAAAGAUGCUGCCCACCAACACCCUCAACCCUAUGCCGACAGCAGAUAGCAAGGACAAGAGCAAGAGCAAGAAGCGAGCUCUAUCCAAUCCCGAGCUUCACCUCGUGAUUAAGGAGGAAUUGAUUAAUCCGGAUCGUUGGUGGUGGUUUGGCGUGCUGGCGACUUCGCUUGGUGGUGCUGCUUUCUUCUUCUCUUGA